AUGGCCGAAGCCAACACCACCCCCUCGGCGCCUGCCCCAGAAGCUGGUGAGGCGUCUGCUGAGCGCGCUCCUGCAGAGGUUCAAGCUGGCCCUCAAGAGUCGGCGACUGAGCCCAGCAAGGAGAACGCAGAGAACGAGGCCAAUGGCGCGGAUGAAAAGCCUGCUGAAAGCACAACCGCGCAGGAGGACAAGAAGGAAUCGUCCGACGCCGCUGCUGAAAAGCCUAACACAUCUACCGAAUCUGCCGAUGCGAAAAAAUCCGACGAGGGUCCUGCUGCACCGGAGCCCAACGGAACACCAAAGUCCACCAAGAAGUCAUCCGCUAAGCGCAAGUCGACGGGCGGGGAUACCAAAUCCAAACUGAGCCGCAAGAAGUCUAUGACUCGCAUCCCACAGCUUGAUGCCAAACCUGGCGAUUACUACCUUGCGCGUCUUCGCAGCUUCGCCCCGUGGCCCGCAAUCGUCUGCGAUGAAGAGAUCCUUCCUCAGACCCUCCUGGACUCGCGUCCUGUGACAGCCCAGCGUGAAGACGGAACCUACCGAGAAGAUUACGCCGACGGUGGCAAGCGCGCCGCUGAGAGAACUUUCCCUGUUAUGUUCCUUCACACCAAUGAAUUCGCCUGGAUUCCUAGCACUGACCUCACACCCCUUGAUCCUGCUACCUGCAAGGAUGUAUCGGAGAAGGGCAAAUCGAAGUCACUGGUGGCCGCUUACGGUGUUGCUGCGGAGGGUCAUGAUCUCGCAUACUACAAAGAAAUGCUCGCAGACCACCAACGCGCGAUUCAACAGGAAGAGGAGGAGCGAGAAGCUGCCGCUGCUUCCAAGGCCGCCGCUAAGGCUGAAAGGGACGCGAAGAAGAACAAGCGGAAGAGCAUGGAUAUUCACGAUGAUGUUGAUGCGGAAGACGAGGGUGGUAAGCCGGCAAAGAGCUCUAAGAAGAGGAAGAAGGAUGCUGAAGCCGAGAGCGAGAAGCCUUCUAAGACACCCAAGACGGGAACUAAGCUGAAGCUUACAACCCCGAAGGCCCCAACUGAGGAAAGUGGAAAGAAAGCCGCUGGGUCCAGCAAGGCUAAGCAGAGUGCUAGCAAGAAAGGGAAGAAAGCUGCAGCUGGCGAUGGGAGCGACGAGUCGCGCCCCGUGUCCAAGGAUCCUGAGCCCCAGGUUAACCUGGAGGAAGCUAAGAAGAAGAGAGAGAGAGAAGUACUAUUUGUCCGCCACCGCCUGCAGAAGGGGUUCAUUUCCCGCGAUCACCCUCCCAAGGAAGAAGAAAUGUCGCAAAUGUCGACCUAUUUCAACAAGCUAGAGAAGCUCGGUGACCUAGAAGUCUCGAUCAUCCGCGAAACUAAGAUUCACAAGGUCCUUAGAAUGAUUCUCAAACUGCCAAACAUCCCACGUGACGAGGAGUUUAACUUCCGGAAGCGUGCUCUAGACGUUCUCUCCAAGUGGAAGAAUGUUCUGGACAGUGAUCGCGGAACACCCAGUCAGGAGAAGGAGAAGGACGAGAAGCCCAAGGCCAACGGUGUUGGCAAGGAAAAGGAGGGCACUGAAACCCCAAGUAAGACCGAGAAGGAGGACGACACUAAACUCGACUCCCCAGAACAGGAUACCCCCAUGCCUGACGCGGAUGAGAAGAAGACCGAGGACACACCGGCACCUGCAAAGAGUGACGCCGAUAAGGCAGCACCUGAGCCUGCAGAGAAAGAGGAUGAGAAGGAGAAACCAGCGGGGGAGGCAGCAGAGGAAAAGACUGCCGAGGCUGCGGCGUGA